AUGGGGGCUUUCCGUGAAGCUUUAGAGGAGAAUGGCCUGUUUGACUUGGGUUGUAGAGGGAAUGGGUUCACCUGGUGUAAUCAACAUGCUGACUCUUCUUUCACUAGGGAGAGAUUAGACAGAGAAGUGGCAAAUGGUGUGUGGAUUUCAAAGUUUAAUUUGACUAUUGUGGAAAAUAUGGUAGCUAGAACUUCUGACCACAGCCCUAUGUUGUUAAAAAUGUUAGAAGGGACUCAAGGAGUUAGGAGGAGAGUGAGACUGUUUAAAUAUGAGGCAAAAUGGGCUAUGAUGGAGGGCUGUGAUCAGGUUGUAGAAGGGGUGUGGAGGGAGAGGGGAUCUGGCCUUCUUAUGCAGAGAAUUCAAAGGGUCCUAAUAACUUGUAGUGGAGCCUUAGUAAGAUGGAGUAAAAUGAAAGAAAAGGAGGAGGGCAAGACUCUUAAGGAAAGAACUGUUCAACUGGAGGAGCUGUACAGCAGGGAGGGGCCUCAGGAUGUAAGAAGGGUUAAGUUACUGAGGGAAGAAGUGGGUAGGUUGCUUGAACAAGAAAACUUAAAGUGGAAGCAAAGGGCAAAAAAGGAUUGGCUUCUAUUAAGAGAUGGAAACACGAAGUUCUUCCACGCUUGUGCUACACAGCAGAGGAGGAAGAAUGAGAUAAAGCAUGUGUGUGAUGAAGAUGGUAGGGAAAGGGUGGGGCAUGAGGAAGUAGCAUCGGUUUUCAAAAAAUAUUUUGAGACAGUGUAUAAAUCAAACAAUCCUUCAGAUGAAGUAAUCUCUGGCUGCUUGGAUUCUAUGUCCGGAAAGGUAUCUCCAUCAAUGAAUGAAAAGUUGAUGAGGGUUUUUUCAAAAGAGGAGAUCAAGGCAACAGUUUUCUAG